GUAUCGAUGUCAACGACAACGACGACGACCGGGCCACCAUCUAAGCAGAGUAUCGUUGCAUUGCGGACCCUUGCCUGCAUUGCGUCGGCCGGUACUGUAAAGUCCUGUGUGUACCCUACUCACGCCACCGCAUGGGUGCAGCGGGCAUUGUCAAAGUCAGGGCGAUCCUCUUUGUCUUUCUGCUCAUCCGUCACUGGCUCAAUCGCGUUCGAGAAACCCCGACUUGCAGCUUGCUCGCAGACUGUUGGGCGUCAUUGGAGUGCAUGCUCAACCCUGCUGCACACAGAAGGGCGAUUUGCGGUGAGGCCUGUUGCGAGGAAGACGGCUGGCCCAGGAUCUCUUUGAUGUUCACGGCUCGGUUUUCUCGCCUGUUGUUUGCUCGCCUGCGCAUGCAUUGUCCACCAAGGCGUAAACGACGACAUGAUUGCCUGGCGCAUUCGGGGAGGGGCGAUUGCUGGAAGAGAAGGGGACCCCUCCUUGUCAGAGUCAGAGGUGACCCCAUCUUUCGGCAUAUUUCGUGCUUUAGUGGUUUCUGGUGUAAAUCGCCUCUCCACUCUGUCCCGGUCCUUUCUUGCGGCGGGCGACGGAUCUGAUACAACCGUCCGAGGCGUCCUGAUGGUCAUCUGCAGGGAACAAGCUGAACUUGUCGCAAGAAACGGUGAAGAAAUUUCGUCUCG